CUUGAACCCACCUUUGCUCUGGAAAAGCUCCACCCAUUCUUUCAGUAAUGCACAAAAACAGGAAACACAGCGAGCGAUCUUCUUCCUGUGAGAAAAACACAAACGUGUCGGAGUGCGAAGAUUUAUUUCAAAGACAAAACCACAACGAGAGGACAACAAGGAGAAACUGCUUCAAUCAGAGAAAAGAUGUCUUUCCAGUCUGAGGAGGAGCUUUCCUGUCCCGUCUGCUGCAACAUCUUUAAGGAUCCUGUUUUCCUGUCGUGCACUCACAGCUUCUGUAAGACGUGUCUGCAGAGCUGGUGGGCAGAGAAGAACCAACAGCAGUGCCCCGUGUGUAAGAAAAUAUCUCAGCAGCCUGAUCCGCCCUCCAACCUGGUCUUAAAGAACCUGGCUGAGGCUUUCUCACAAAGCAGAGCUUCAGCAGGCUCUGAGGCUCUCUGCAGUCUGCACCAUGAGAAACUCAAACUCUUCUGUCUGGACCAUCAGGAGCCGGCGUGUGUCAUCUGUCGAGAUUCAAAAGCACACGUCGACCACAGGUUCAGACCCAUCGAUGAGGCUGCACAGGACCACAAGGAAGAGCUCCAGAAAUCCCUGAAACCAUUACAGGAGAAACUGCAGGUCUUCCAGCAAGUGAAAGGAAAGUUUGAUCUGACAGCAGAACACAUUAAGGCCCAGGCUCAACACACAGAGAAGCAGAUAAAGGAGCAGUUUAAGAAGCUUCACCAGUUUCUAGAUGAGGAAGAGAAGGCCAGGAUCGCUGCUCUGAAGAAGGAAGAGCAGCAGAAGAGUCAGAAGAUGAAGGAGAAGACUGCAGCUCUGAGCAGAGAGAUGGCAGCUCUUUCUGCCACAAUCAGAGCUGCAGAGGAGGAGCUGAGAGCUGAAGACAUCUCUUUCCUGAAGAACUACAAGGCCGCAGUGAGCAGAGUCCAGCAGCACCCUCUGCUGGAUGAUCCACAGCUGGUCUCAGGAGCGUUGAUAGAUGUGGCCAAACAUCUGGGCAACCUGACCUACAACAUCUGGAACAAGAUGAAGGGGAUGGUCUCCUACAGUCCUGUGAUCCUGGAUCCAAACACAGCUGAACCACACCUCAUCCUGUCUGCAGAUCUGACCAGUGUGAGCGCUGGUGAGAAACAGCAGCUUCCCAACAAUCCGGAGAGAUUCGACUACUUUCCAAUUGCCCUGGGCUCCGAGGGCUUUAAGUCAGGGACUCACAGCUGGGACGUUGAAGUUGGACACAGCACAGACUGGAAGGUCGGUGUGUUAGCAGCGUCUGUCCAAAGAAAGGGAGAGCCACAGUCUGGAUUAUGGAGGGUCGGGUUUUAUAAAGGCGAGUACUCAGCGCGCUCGCUGCCCGAGUUUUCCACCACUCUCUUAAAGACAGUGAAGAAGGUCAGAGUUCAGCUGGACUGGAACAGGGGGAAGGUGUCAUUCUCCGAUCCUGACACCAACACACACAUACACACCUUCACACACACUUUCACUGAGAAGCUGUUUCCAUACGUUAGUAAUCUGAGUAAAGUUCCACUGAAGAUGUUACCUGCAUCAGUGAAGUAGGGCGGUCAUCGGUAUCCAUGAAAGGAAAGGGACACAUGGUGGAGACAAGUACCAGGGUUAGAAUUAGCUUUGGAUUUUACAUAAUAGUUUAGUUUUAGUUCGUUUUCAGAGUGGUUUUGCUCAUUUUUAUUAGUUUCUAUUUUUGGUUUCAUGCUUGGCUUUAGUUUAGUUUCAGUACUAGUUUUAGUAUUUGCAUAUUUAAUCAGGUGCAAGAUUCAAGGUGCAAAAGUGGCUAUUGUGUAAUGAAAACUCGACAAAGAUACCGUUUAAAGAAGCACUAUGUGUUAAAUGUGUCUAAUAUUAAGGACACACAUGAACAUCAACAGGGAGAAACAAAGAAAAACAUGAACUCCCAAACUCAAUAAACUCUACAAUAAACUCCCAAUAAA